AUGCCAUGUUUCGGUUGGUUCUGCAUUCCCCUUGUGCAACGGGCCAAUGUCCAGCUUCUCACUGCCAUCCGGGCCCACCCGACCUUUAGCUCGUUCCAAACGCCAGUGGCAGGCACUAAAUACGUCUUCGUCCAGUACGAAGUUCCGUACAAUUCCAGCGACGUUGACAAGAAUCUCCUUGUUUCCGACCCCGGCGUAUGGGUGUAUCGUAUCGGGGCUAUAGGCAGUGGAUAUCUCCAUGUGCGCUGCACCGUACUCCACGUCCAAACCAGUUCCGACGGGCAGCACGCCCGGACCGGCACCUGCUAUGAUUUUGCCGACGCACAAGGCACGGUGAAGAAGUCAGAGGCCAAAGUAUCGCCCUGGACCUUCAAUGACCACAUGCGCGCCGACGGAAGCGGGUCUGGCUACGUCUUUUACUGCACCACCUCCGAGAUAGUCGCUGCCAUUGCGGCAUUAGGAUAUGUUAAUAGUAACCCCAUAUACACGCUAGACAAUAACAACUGCUCCAAGUUUGCGCACUACCUCGCAAAUGCAAUUAACGAUACCCUAAAUUCGCGGCUCGGCAGGAGAAUCUAG